AUGACAAGUGAGUCUACAACCAAACCUAAAACUGUAGCAUCAACAAGCAAAGUGGCCUCUACUACAGAAUUUACAAACCAGUCUACAACAAGCACAAAAACAACAACAGAAUCAACAACAAUUACUUUUACAGGCUCAAGCACCACGAGUGAAUUUACAACUGUUGCAACAACCCCAGUAGUAAACACUGAAACUGAGUCUACUGAACUGACAACACAGUCCACAGAAACUACAACUGCUACUACAGUGCCAAGCAUGACAAAAUCAACUACCACUAACACUAAAGGCUCAAGCACUACAAGUGAGUCUACAACCAAAUCUACAACUGUAGCAUCAACACCUGAAGUAAACAGUGAAACUGAGUCUACUGAACUGACAACACAGUCUACAGAAAAAUCAACUACCACUAACACUAAAGGCUCAAGCACCACGAGUGAGUCUACAACUAAAUCUACAACUGUAGCAUUAACAACCACAAUACCAACAACAGAAUCAACAACUGUACCAUCAAUAACCAAAAAACCAACAACAGAAUCAACUACCACUAACACUAAAGGCUCAAGCACUACAAGUGAGUCUACAACCAAAUCUACAACUGUAGCAUCAACACCUGAAGUAAACAGUGAAACUGAAUCUGGAUCAGCUGUGGUUCAGACCAGACUGGUGUUCAACACUUCAUCUCCCAUUCCCAGUGAAAGUCUGGUCAGCAAUGCUACCACAACACUGCUGAAGUCUGCUCAACCAAACCUCCCUGAUACUGUAAACGUCCUGAACUUCUCGUAUAAGGAACUUUCAGACUCCUCAUACGCAGUCGUCUUCACCUUCAACAUCAGUGAGAUCAGGAUUUCAGAAAAUAAUAAACUAAAGGAUCAAACCUACAAACAAGUUCAGAGCACCAUAAACACGGCGCUGAACACGAUUCUGAAUAAACCUGGAGCAGAACAAUUUGAACCCAAGACCUCAGAAUUCAAGAGCUCAGGAGAUAAAACUGAUGGUUUGAUGGAAUACAGUUUCCAGGAUGGAGAUAAAAAACAACCAAUCAGCUUCCUCAAUGAAAUUAAGACAGUGUAUGUAACAUUUCCUACAUAAAUAACUGAUAAGAUUUAUUUACUCUAAAACUUUAUUAAAAUAAUCUUAAUGCUUUAUCUCCUCAGAUCUGGUUCAGCUGAGGUUCAGUCCACGCUGGUGUUCGUUUCCUCUCCAGUUCCCAGUGAGAGUUUGGUCAAAGCUGCUAUCACGACUCUCCAGGACUCUCGACGCACCAGCCUCCCUGAUUCUGUAAAACUACAGAACUACACCUAUGAAAAACUUUCAGACACCUCCUAUGCAGUUCACUUCAAAUUCAACAUCAGUAACAUCAGCAUGCCAGAGAAACCUGAAUACAGGAACGAAACCUACAAGCAAGUGCAGAGCACCAUCGACACGGCGCUGAACAAACUCCUGAAUGAACCUGGUGCAGAAACAUUUGAAUCCAAGACGUCCAACCUCACGAGCUCAGGAGAUAAAAUCGAUGGUUCGAUUCAAUCCAGUUUUAAGGAUGGAGAUAAAAAACAACCAAUCAGCUUCCUCAAUGAAAUUAAGACAGUGUAUGUAACAUUUCCUACAUAAAUAACUGAUAAGAUUUAUUGACUCUAAGACUUUAUUAAAAUAAUCUUAAUGCUUUAUCUCCUCAGAUCUGGUUCAGCUGAGGUUCAGUCCACGCUGGUGUUCGUUUCCUCUCCAGUUCCCAGUGAGAGUUUGGUCAAAGCUGCUAUCACGACUCUCCAGGACUCUCGACGCACCAGCCUCCCUGAUUCUGUAAAACUACAGAACUACACCUAUGAAAAACUUUCAGACACCUCCUAUGCAGUUCACUUCAAAUUCAACAUCAGUAACAUCAGCAUGCCAGAGAAACCUGAAUACAGGAACGAAACCUACAAGCAAGUGCAGAGCACCAUCGACACGGCGCUGAACAAACUCCUGAAUGAACCUGGUGCAGAAACAUUUGAAUCCAAGACGUCCAACCUCACGAGCUCAGGAGAUAAAAUCGAUGGUUCGAUUCAAUCCAGUUUUAAGGAUGGAGAUAAAAAACAACCAAUCAGCUUCCUCAAUGAAAUUAAGACAGUGUAUGUAACAUUUCCUACAUAAAUAACUGAUAAGAUUUAUUGACUCUAAGACUUUAUUAAAAUAAUCUUAAUGCUUUAUCUCCUCAGAUCUGGUUCAGCUGAGGUUCAGUCCACGCUGGUGUUCGUUUCCUCUCCAGUUCCAAGUGAGAGUUUGGUCAAAGCUGCUAUCACGACUCUCCAGGACUCUCGACGCACCAGCCUCCCUGAUUCUGUAAAACUACAGAACUACACCUAUGAAAAACUUUCAGACACCUCCUAUGCAGUUCACUUCAAAUUCAACAUCAGUAAAAUCAGCAUGCCAGAGAAACCUGAAUACAGGAACGAAACCUACAAGCAAGUGCAGAGCACCAUCGACACGGCGCUGAACAAACUUCUGAAUGAACCUGGUGCACAAUUAUUUGAAUCCAAGAAGUUCAACUUCACAUCUGGUUCAGCUGUGGUUCAGACCAGGCUGGUAUUCAAUUCUUCAUCUCCAGUUCCCAGAGAGAGUUUGGUCAACACCGCUAUGGCAGCUCUGCUGAACCCUCAACGCAAAUCCCUUCCUGAUUCUGUAAAUGUGCAGGGCCACACCUACAAGAAACUUUCAGACACGUCCUAUGAAGUCGUCCUCACAUUAAAGAUCAGUAACAUUAACAUGCCAGAGAACACUACGCUCAGGAACGAAACCUACAACCAAAUACAGAACAUCACCAACACGGUGCUGAACACGAUUCUGAAUGAACCUGGUGCAGAACCAUUUGAACAGAAGAACUCGAACUUCACGAGCAAAGGAGAUAAAAUUGAUUCCAAAAUGGAAUACAGUUUCAAGGAUGGAGAUACCAAAAAACCAACCGGCUUCCUCAACAAAGUCAAGACAGUACCUGGUUCAGCUGAGCUCCGCAUUAGACUGAACUUCACCACUUCUCAUGUUCCCAGUGAGAAAGUGGUUCUUAGUGCUAUUAAAUUCAUGCUGAGCAAUCGACUCCGGGCUGAGAGCGAAGUCAAAGUGCUAAACUACACCUACACCAAACUUUCAGACACGUCCUAUUCUAUCAUCUUCAAAUUUAAUAUCAGUAAUUUAGACGUUUCAGAAUCUCAAGAACUCAGAGACGAAACCUACAGCUUAGUGCAGGACACCAUUAACAAGCGGGGGAUGGUACUGAUUUAUAUCCGCCUAGUUUUUAGGAACGUGUCCAAAAUGCCCAGUGAAGCUGAUAUUAUCAAAGCGGCCCAAAAUCUGCUGGACGCAAGUGUCAGAACAGUGCGAGAUGUCGAAACCCAAAAACUAAAUAAUCCUGUCAGCAUCCACAAUGUCACCUAUCAGAAAAUAGACACCAAUUCCUACAAUAUCAGCUUUGGAUUUAAAAUCAGCGAGGUAAACAUUUCUCAGAACGUUGAACUGAGGAACGAAACAUACGUGUUAAUCCAGGAUACGAUCAACAGCUUGCUCAACAAAAUCCUCAAUUCACCAAAUGCCCCACCGUUUAUCUUCCCAAACGCCAAGUUCUCGUAA